AUGGAUGAGGAUACACAUACUCCACUGGGUCAACAAUCACAGUCUACAUGCCAACACCCGCUGCCACGCCGAACCUCACCUACAAACUCGGUCGCUCUGCGCCAUCAUCGUGUUACCCGCGAUGUUUCCCGGAGAGCGAAAGGCGGCCCUGUGCCGCCGACAAUAGCAGAAGCGACUCCAGAAAGCAAUGCCCAGGAUAGCAAUGGCAACAUAAACAACGAUACCGGGUCGCUGUGUCGGAACUCUUCAGGCGAGAGCCACGACACCGGCCAGAGUGAUCCUACGGCGUGGUUCGACCAGUCGAAUAAGAACCCUACAGCCACUUUUGACAGUCAUGCCAUGGAUGUUGACCCCCCCUUCUUCCAGAUGGCAUCCGAAUCCUCCAACGAGGGCAAGUCAUACCAACAGCACCCGGUGGCCCCUGCCAAGCUCACCACCGCCCAGAGCAGCAGCGCCGACGAGUACCGCAGCGUCAUCGAUGACCUGACCAUCGAGAUCCAGAAGCUCAAGGACGAGCUGAAGCGCUUCAAGCAAAAGGGCCCCGACACGCUGCGCAAGGAUCAGCUCUUUGAGAUCAAGUUCCACGGCCUUCCCGGAAGGAAGAAGAGGGAGCUCGAGUCUACACUGCGCGACUUUGCUGCCAACCUCAGCGGCUCCACCGACACGCACUCCCCCGACACGCACUCGUCGAGACGCAAGAAGACGUCCCCCCGAAACGCCAUCUACGAACCUGGCUCUGCUGGCGGCUCCGGCUCCAGGUCCAGAUCCAAGCAUGCCUCGUCCUCGUCGGGAUCCUACAACCGCCCUGUCGACUCGGCCUAUGCGUCCAUGUCUGUCGGCAACAACUCGGGCGGCGUGUCCCUCGCUGGCCGUCAAUCUGCGAGCUCACGCGCCAAGUCGUCGGAGCAGAAGGUCGAGAGCUACCUGAGGGAUAUCCCCGAGGGUCUGUACCCCCGCAAUGUCCUCAUGACGGACAAGGAGAAGAAGAAGGUUGUCGUUCGCCGUCUCGAACACUUGUUUACCGGAAAGAUUGGCGGUCGUCAUCGCAAACACCACCACCAUCAGCAGCAGCAGCAGCAGCAGCAGCAGCAACGUCCUGUAUCCGCUGCCGAACAGAUUGCCGCCCCCUCACAUCUCACGCCGCUCGCGGCCGACAGCCAGCAGAAUCCGCAGCGUCCUCUAGUCCAUCAGCCCCUCACUCUCGGCGGCGGUGCUCCCGGCACCGGGUCCGUUCCCGAGCCGUCGCGUGAAGCAAGAAUCCUUCCAGCAGAUCAGGCCUCGGGUCUCGCCAAGAAGAGUUCGUCGCGGGACAACGGCUCUGCGUCCAACUCUGGCGGCGACCAGACCGAGUCCGGCGGUAACGGGACCAACACGUCACCUCCCAACCCCCCGCUUCCCGAGCAGAGGCCGACCAGGCCCAAGGACCUCGAUCCUGAUCGUGCCCAGGUCCCGUCGGAGAACAUGGAGUACAUCAAGCACCUAGGCCUCGUACCGUCCGAACUCAUCGACGAGCCCAGCGUGCACCCGGACACUGACGGCUGGGUGUACCUCAACCUCCUCUGCAACCUGGCUCAGCUGCACAUUAUCAGCGUGACGCCCGACUUCGUGCGCGUGGCCGUUUCCGACUAUAGCGCCAAGUUCCAGCUGUCGCCCGACGGCCGCAAGAUCCGCUGGCGCGGAGGCACCGAAGGCACCAAGUUCAGCAGUGACAGCUCGGGCGACAAUGCGCGCACCGGCUCCGACAUCGACGACACUGACAGCUCCAACAAGGACGAGUCGAGAAAGCGUCAGAAGACGGCGCACUCGACCAGCGACGAAUUCCAGUCUGGGACGGCCGGCAGCUCGAGGGACAAGACCGGUUCCAAGAGCGGCUCCAAGUUUGCACCGCAGGUGUCGGCGUCGUCGGAGAGCUUCCACUACAAGCCUCUGUUUGCCCGGCGGGACUCGUCGCGCGAGCAGACGUCGAUGGACGAGACCCUGUCGUCAUUCGGCCCCGUCGAGGAUAGCAACGUCGGCGACUCGCGCUGGGACCACAGUGGUUCUGGCGCCACGGCCAACCGCCACAAGAGACACCGCGACGGCGCCGUCAUCUACUAUUCUGGCGCGCCCUUCUGCACUGACCUGUCGGGUGACCCUGGCGACACGUCCCCCAUGACGUAUAUGAUGUCGAGCGGGCGGGAUCAGCAGGAGCCCGCCGGGUCGUCCUCGGUCGAGCCCCUCGGCGACAAGCCCACGACGUUCCGCCCGCGACUCGCUCAUUCGGAUUCGGGCUCGAGCCUCAACUUGCGCCCCCUCGUGGACAAGGCACCGCAUCCGGAACCGCUCGAGAUGAUGGGCGCGGACCCUGAUGGCAUACCCGGUCUGACGACGGACUCGGGCGACGACGACGACAGCUCUGACACCCUCGACAUCGAUCUUCUCUGGAGCGACGAGCGGCAGUACAUCGGCGUCUUGUCGCUGGAGCCGUCUGGUCUCGGCGGCGUCAUGCCAGAGGACCACUUUGUUGUUGUCGUGACGACCCGGCGACCCAAGCAAGACCCGGUAAACGUCAUCGGCGGCGGGAGCGGCCUCAAGACCCUCCGCGACAGUGACGCGACGGCCGACUCCAUCCUCUCGCGACUUGAAUCCAUGACGACAUCCUCUCCUGCACCGCCCACGUCACCCAACCUCCCCGGCGGCGAGAUCGAGUACGUCUCUGGACGCAUCAAGCGCCUCGUACCCGUGCGCCUGCCCCCACCGGCCGUCCUCUUCCCCCCGUUCAGCGAGUCCUCUUCGGACGACAGCGACAUGUUCGACUCCGAGGGCGACGACGAGUUUGAGGGAUCGGUCGAGGUGACGAGCCGCCGCGCCAACAUCACCCACUCAGACGGUUACCCCGACAACGUGGACCUGACCAGCGGCGACGAGGAUGGCGAGGACCCCGACGACGAGCCGGAGACGAACGGCAUGUACGACGACGAGGACCCGAGUCCCCGGAUCAUCGGCCGUGGUGGCCGUGGUGGCCGGGGUGGUAGCGGCAAUGCCUCGCUCCGUGUGCAUCAGCAGCAGCAGCAGCAGCAGCAGCAGCAGCAGCACGGCGUCUCGCGCCUGGCUGCCGGGACCGACGCCAGGGAUCGGAGCAAGAGUCUCAGCGUCGCCGGCGGUACCAACAGGAGCUCUGCUGCUACAGCGGGCGAGCCCAUUGGUGGUGGGAGCAGUGGAUAUAUCAGUUCUUGA